UUAUUUUGUAGAAAUUUGUCGACUUAUUGACUCCAAUCUGUCUUGAAGUCAGGUUUCAAAUUCAAAAUUAGCAGUUCUUAUACCCGAAAAAAAGGCUUAAGAGGUUGACAUUAUGAAGAUACUUUGCAUCAUCACAUGCUGUCUACUCUCGUUCUCUUCCUUUUCAUCAUCAAUCUACCUCGAGUGUUCGUACUACCAUAGGACUUAUGAUACUAUUGGCAGCAUUUACAUCUGUAUCAUCCACAAUGACCUAAAUAUCCUGUCGAUCCAGUCUGCCUUCAUUAAUGGAGCUUUUGGAGAUCUUAGCAGCGACAAAUCCAACGAUCAAGUUCUUGGAAUUACGGAAACUUACAACAAGAUCCACUUCUUCCCGCGUGGCUUAAACAAUGUAUUUAAACGGCUUAAAAUGAUUGAAUUUAAGCAGUGUGGACUUUUGGAGAUUCAUCAGAGUGACUUGAUGCAUUUGACAAGGCUAGAGUAUUUGGAUUUAGACAAAAAUAAUAUUGAGGUCAUUGAGGACGGACUGUUUGACUUUAAUCCAUCAAUGAGGUUCAUAUUCUUUAGCAACAACAAGAUUUUUGAGAUACAUCCAGAAGUUUUUGAUCAUUUGACUAAGCUGAGAUAUUUGUAUAUGGAAAGGAACCAAUGCAUCAACAUGAAUGCUAGAGAUAGUCUGCAUGGAGUCAAGGAUGUCAUCAAGCAAUUUAAACUGAACUGUCCAAGUCCAGGGAAUCUAAAUUCACGAUUGUCAUCAUCAAAAGAUGAAGCAAGGCUGAUGAGGAUGUCGUUAAAAAUUGAUGCAUUUGGAAGUGACUUGCAGAGAUGCCAAAAUUCUAUUUUUGGAUUGACUCGAGAGCUUUCAAGUUUGGAAAGAAGCUCACAAGCUUUAAAUGCUGAAAAUUUGAGGAAGCUUGAAAGUGUUGAGGCAAACUUAAGAGCUGCAAGAGCUGAAAAUUCUCAAAGAAUUCAAAAUUUGGAUGUUAAAGCUUCGAGCCUUGAAAAGACUUUAAAAUCUUUCGAUGUCGAGGAUCUUCAGAAUAAAACACAAAAUCUCGAAAGUUCCUUCGAUAGCUUAAAAGCAUCAGAAGCUGAAACGACAAAAAAGCUCCAAACUUUAGAAAAAGCUCUUAAAAAUACCGACGAGGACCUCCAAAGCUUCCGCCAAGACGUUCUGUCAGCUUUGCAGGAAAUUCGCAACAAACUUGAAGAAAAUUCGGAAAAUAUUGAAAGAAAAGCUGCCGAUAAAAUUGAUGCAAUGUCGAUGAGCUUAAUAGCAACUCAAACUCAAACUUUUGUGGAUAUUAAAGACCAAAUAAGGAAGCUGGAGACUGAUUUAAAUGCACUGCAAGCAAUUUAUGUGAAAACUCAGAAAGAACAUGAAACAACUUGCGAUGCUGAGCAGGAUGAUGGAAAAAUUGAUGAUUCAAUUGCCUAAAAAGUCUUACUUGUCAAUAAUCAGCUACUAAAUGACUCCUUAAAGCUUGUUUAUUGUGCUUUUAUUGGUGUUUUAUUUUUGAAUUUAUAAUAAAUUCAAUUUUUUUAACGGAAA